UGGGCGGUGGCCGGCAGCCUCCGCAGCGGCGAGGAGGCCGGAGGCGGGGAAGGGGAGCCGCCGCCGCCGCCGCCGCCUGCCUGCGAGCCGGAGGGCGCCGAGCCCGGGCGGAUCCCGCCUCCGCCAGCAUGGGGAUAAAAUUUCUAGAACUCAUUAAGCCCUUCUGUGCUGUUUUGCCUGAAAUCCAGAAACCUGAAAGAAAAAUUCAGUUCAGAGAAAAGGUUUUGUGGACAGCCAUCACCCUCUUCAUUUUUUUAGUAUGCUGCCAGAUACCAUUAUUUGGAAUAAUGUCCUCAGACUCUGCGGAUCCUUUCUAUUGGAUGAGGGUCAUUCUUGCAUCAAACAGAGGCACUUUAAUGGAGUUGGGUAUCUCUCCUAUUGUGACUUCGGGCUUAAUUAUGCAGCUGCUGGCUGGAGCCAAGAUCAUUGAAGUUGGUGAUACGCCAAAAGACCGAGCCCUUUUCAAUGGCGCUCAGAAGUUGUUUGGAAUGAUUAUUACUAUUGGGCAAGCAAUUGUAUAUGUCAUGACGGGGAUGUACGGGGAUCCUUCUGAGAUGGGGGCCGGAAUCUGUCUCCUGAUUAUAAUCCAGUUGUUUGUUGCUGGCUUGAUAGUACUGCUGCUUGAUGAGCUUCUGCAGAAAGGUUAUGGCUUGGGAUCCGGCAUUUCUCUCUUCAUUGCUACCAACAUCUGUGAAACCAUUGUCUGGAAGGCCUUUAGCCCUACUACCAUUAACACUGGCAGAGGUACGGAAUUUGAGGGCGCCGUCAUUGCCUUGUUUCACCUCUUGGCAACACGAACUGACAAAGUCCGUGCGCUGCGGGAGGCGUUUUACCGCCAGAACUUGCCAAAUCUCAUGAAUCUGAUUGCCACGGUGUUUGUGUUCGCUGUCGUCAUAUACUUCCAGGGAUUUCGAGUUGAUCUCCCAAUCAAGUCUGCUCGCUAUCGCGGGCAAUACAGCAGCUAUCCCAUCAAGCUCUUUUAUACCUCCAACAUCCCCAUCAUUCUUCAGUCCGCUUUAGUUUCCAACCUCUAUGUCAUUUCCCAGAUGUUGUCUGUGCGGUUUAGUGGCAACUUCUUGGUAAAUUUACUUGGGCAGUGGGCAGAUGUUAGUGGUGGUGGCCCAGCGCGCUCCUAUCCUGUUGGAGGUCUCUGCUAUUACCUCUCCCCACCAGAAUCCAUGGGGGCUAUCUUUGAGGAUCCGGUCCACGUGAUUGUGUAUAUUAUAUUUAUGUUGGGCUCUUGUGCCUUUUUCUCGAAAACGUGGAUUGAAGUGUCCGGAUCAUCUGCAAAAGACGUUGCCAAGCAACUGAAAGAGCAGCAAAUGGUAAUGAGAGGCCACAGAGACACUUCCAUGGUUCAUGAAUUAAAUCGGUACAUCCCCACAGCAGCUGCCUUUGGAGGGCUGUGCAUCGGGGCGCUCUCGGUCUUGGCGGAUUUCCUCGGCGCCAUUGGCUCCGGCACUGGCAUUUUGCUUGCGGUCACCAUUAUUUAUCAAUACUUUGAGAUCUUUGUCAAAGAACAGGCAGAGGUCGGAGGCGUGGGUGCUCUAUUCUUCUAAACACGCCAACAUCAAGUGGCUUGCAAGAGAGGGAAUUUGUCCUCUGACAACGUUUAAGUCCGAUAAUGCCAUUUUUUUUUUCCGAAACAAGUGCUAUGUCCCCCAUUGUUCUCAUAAUGGGCUUCUGUGCAGCUUCAGAGCCAGCUGCCUUAACAAUCAAAGUUUACAUUGUCUCGGUUAAAAUCCAAAAGUCUCUCGUGUGGCCUGUAACAUUGGAAAACACAUCUCUCCUCUUCAACACUAGAGCAAAGAUGGCCGGACGGGUGCCCAUUUUGUUACUAGGAAACGCUUUGCACACUUGACAGUGGGGGUGAAAGGUGUCUGUGCCCGUUGCAGGCCUGACACCCGUUGCAAAGAGUUCCUUGUUGCUCCAAAUGGGGACCCUUGAGCUUGUUUAAAAAGUAUAUCAGUUUGUUUCCUUGAAAUCUAUAUUUUACCUGAAUUACUUUUACAUGCUCAAAGGAAAACACUCUCCCUUGCAACUUAGCGCCCUGUUGAACUAUACAUCACAGCCCCCAGACUCUGAAAUGAAGCCGAUGGUGGAAGAGCAUUUCAAUGGCCUCAUUUGCGAAUUUGGAUCCAGUGAAACUUGAGGGCCGGCAGACCAGGAUAAGCCGAUUCCAGAUUUCUGCCAGCCCGUCAGGCACCAUCACAUCGUGGGCCUGGGGUGUCUUUCAGCCUGUGAGUUCUUUCAGGAUGGGGGAACGGGGAAGAGACCAUGAGCUGCUUGAAACUUCACCCUCACCUCCUUUCUUUCCAAAGUAGAUUAAAAACACACACACAGCCAAGCAAAGGUGUUGGUCUUCAAGGGGUAUGGCUUGUGUUGGGAAGAAACAAAGCCCUUAUCUUGUCGUGCUUCUUUGCGGCAAUGUAGCCAGUGUAAACAUUAGACAUUAAAGUUAUUUAAUUAAAACCUC